AUGGAGCAUCAAGGAGACAGGACCACAAGCACGAUUAUCAACUUUGCUCCUGAUGGCGACAUUAUUCUAAUUGUUGGGCCAGAGAUGAAGAGGUUUCGCGUCCAUUCACUAUUUCUCAAGGCAGCUUCUAAGCCUUUCGUCGCUAUGUUCAAAUGGGAGAGGCAGGAAGGCCAAGAUUUGCUCCAUCAGGAUGGUCCCAAAGAGAUAGAACUUCCUGCAGAUAAUGCAGCUGCUCUAGAAACUAUACUCGCCAUUAUUCACCAUCAAAAUAAUGAAAUUCCUAGAAACAUCACCGCGAGUCAAGUUUUGGAGAUUGCUAUUGCAGCGGACAAAUACGAUUUUCUCGAUGCCAUGAAAUUGGCCAGCGCAACUUUCCUUCGGAGUGAUACCACAGAUGCGAAUGAUUUAAUACGUCUUGUUACGGCGGCGUAUCUUUUUCGAAAUGCACGAGCGUUCAAGGAAAACACAAAAGCGUUGGUACUUAACUGCCAUGUUCCUUACCUCGAUCUUGCGUGCGAUGAAGUUGAAUCUGCAUUGGGGUGGAGGAUAUUCUGUCUUCUCGAAACGCAGAGGAUUUUCGUAAGAUCUGAAUUUUCUGAGAUACUCUUAGAAGGAAUCAAUGAGUAUCACGGCAUGUGCGCUCAAAAUUGUGGUUGGAUCUGUAAAUAUGCAUAUGCAUAUCUGAAUUUGUUGAAAGAAAACGAACUUUGGCCGGUCAGUUUGCACAAAAUUUCCAUUUCUGACGCGAUAGAAUCAGCAGAAAGAAUGCCUGAUCCAGUCCCUCAAGAGGCAAGCGGUGAAUGUCGUUCUGCGAGAACCCAUACACUUCCAUGGUAUAGAGAUGACCGGUCAUGGAGAUUGAAAUCCUUGGAUGAAAAAGUUGGACUUUGCUUGACCUGCGUUCGAAAUGGCUAUAAAUGGGAUACAAGCAAGCUUGACGAUGACCAUGAUUAUCUUCACGGCAACGGACUCUUGAAUCAACUUGGCGGAUGUGGGACUAUUUCCAAAUGGAAGUUUGAAAAUAUGACAGUAGACGCGAGUAACCCGUAUGAAUGGCAUGCUUCGGGUCAAACGACCAUUUGGCAAAAGGGCUGUAUUGAACAUGCGAUUGUCUCUGCUGGCGCACCUGCCGGGUCGUGUAGUGGUACCGAAUGA